GGUUGUGAUCACGAAGGUGUAUUAAUAAACCAGCUAUUCCAGAACUACAGUCGAGAUGCUCGUCCUAGAAUGAAUGCAUCAGAAUCAGUAUCGGUGACUCUAGAUUUCUACAUGUCAAGACUGGAUGAACUGUAUCCAAAUAAAUUUGCCUUAUCAAACACCAUCUUUCAGGAAUGGAUUGACGACUUCUUACAAUGGAAUCCAGAAGAGUUUGAUAACAUUACUCGUUUGGUUCUUCCCGCCAGCAAGGUCUGGCUACCCGAUCUAUCGGUUGGUAACAGCAUAGACCAGAUAUUCCGGAGAGAGUUCGAGACUAUGUUUAGAGUAGCGGUAUAUUUUAAUGGAAAGGUUGUAUGGGAGCCCGGUGGAAUUUUCAGCACCUCGUGUCCAAUCGACAUCACCUACUACCCUUUCGACUCGCAGUCUUGUGAAAUCAGCAUUGGCAACUGGCAAUACACUGACGACCAAGUAAAACUCAGUAAUCGAUCUAAAGUGAUCAGUUUUGAAAAUUUCGAUCCGAACGGAGAGUGGAUGAUCGAUAAAACCGAAGUAUAUCGUGGGGAAUUCGUGUAUGUGUGUUGUCCAGAUUUGAAUUUUCCGGAGAUCAAUUUCAGACUGUACAUCCGGCGGAAGUUCUUGUACUAUUUUAUCAAUAUUAUGAUUCCGUGCCUGAUGAUGUCGGUGCUAGUCCUGAUGGUUUUUUACCUACCACCAGAUGCAGGAGAGAAGAUUUCUUUGGGAGUUACUGUUCUUCUUUCCUUCUCCGUGUUUCAACUGAUGAUAGCUGAAAGUAUUCCAACUUCAGCUAACACCACACCCUUAUUAGAAAUCUACCUUCUGUGUUUCAUGGGAGCGUCAACAUUUUCCGUAACAGUUUCCGUCUUUGUAUUGAAUUUACAUCACAGAACGGAGUAUAACCGCCCUCCUAGACUGUUACGG